CUCCGCUAGCCGUCAGCCGCCGCUUCGUCGAGACAAGACUCGAACCGCCGAGAUGGACCUCAAACUGCUCGUGGCUUUUUUACUCAUUACUGGAUCCUCGUCGACGCAGGAUGUUUUACCACCGGGUCCCGUGGACAUCACUUUGGGGAAAGAUGUGGUUCUGAAGACGCUGCUGACGGAUCUGAAGGAUUUCGCUUUUGUCAUCUGGAACUACAGCGACGGAAAGGACCAGGUCAACGUCGCCACUUUGCUGCCGACGGAACUUAGGGUGGACGACGCGUACAAGAACCGCGCGUGGAUCGACCCGAAGACUGGGAACCUUCGACUGAACGCCACCAAGAAGGAGGACAGCGGAGAUUACAGCAUCAGCAUUCUGCAAACGGCAACCGGAACCAGGACCGGGGAGAUCAAGUUGCGAGUUCUCGAGCCGGUGUCCAACGUCGCCAUCCAGUCGGACCUGAAGGAGGCCAUCGAGCACAACAGCACGGUGGUUCUGACGUGCACCGCCAAGGGCUCCUUCCUCAAGUUCAGCUGGGUUCACGGAACCGCGCCGGUGGUCGCUGACGACAAACGGAUCUCUCUGAAGGAGGAGGAACAGUCCAGCAGUCUGACCAUCCGGGAUGUCCUGCGCUCCGACGCCGCCAAGCCUUUCAUCUGCUCGGCAGCCAACAAACUGGAGACAGAGAAGAGCAGCCCCUUCAACCUGACCGUCUUUUAUGGUCCUGAGAAGGUGUCCCUCAGUCCGACUCCCAUUCUGCCGUUCGUUCGAGCCGGCUCAGACUUCAGCCUCACCUGCACAGCGGUCUCCAGUCCGGCCGCCACCUUCAGUUGGAUCCACGACAAGAAGCCAAUGAAGGCCGCGGGUCCGGUGCUGAAGCUGCAAGACAUCAAGGCCGAGGGUUUCGACAAGACCAAAGGAACGUACGCGUGCAUCGCCAAGAACGCCAAGACCCUGCGUCAUGUGUCGUCACCGGAGGUCUCUUUCACCGUCAUGGAGGCCAUCUCAGGGGUGAGCAUCACCGGCCCCAAGACGACGCUCAUCUCUGGCAACGGCACCGCGAGCCUCGAAUGCAAGGCGACGGCAGGCGUAGUGCUGUCACGCUCAUGGUUGAAAAACGGCGCAGCAUUGAGCGCCGGCGGACGGCUGACCUUCUCCAAGGACGAGAGCACUCUGACCAUCAAUCCGGUGGACAAAGACGACAACGGAGAAUACACGUGUCGCCUCGCCAACCCUGUCAACAGCGAAGAUGCCAAGUUCAAGCUGGUGGUGAACUACGGACCAGAGCCGGUCACCAUCACCGGCAAGCAGGAGGUCGAAGUAGACGACGCCGUCACUCUGACCUGCGCUGCGGCCUCCGUCCCUCCCGCCAACAUCAUCUGGAAGUUCAACGACACAGCGACCACCGUCAAGGGCCCCAACUACGUCAUCGAGAAAGCGGUGUACAAGAACACAGGGCUGUACACUUGUGAAGCCCACAACACCGUCACGGGCAAGAAGACCGUGGGGACACACCACAUGAUGGUCAAAGAGGCGGGGACGCUGGAACAGGGCCUGUCAGACGGCGCCAUCGCUGGAAUCGUCAUCGCCAUCCUGGUGGCCCUGGCAGCCGCCAUCGCCCUGAUUUUCUACUGCCGACAGAAAGUCCCGGUGGAAUCUCCAUACUAAAGAACAGCCUCCGCUGGCUUUCACCGAUUUCUCAUCGUGCAUCCACCAACCACGUCGUCCGCCCCCCACCCCCUCCCCGUGCGUCAGAUGAGCACUCUUGAGGAAAACCAAGCUGUGGAUUUGUUCACAUUUUAAUUUGAUUUUUUUUUUUUUUU